AUGCAUGUCACUUCACAUCCGUCUCCACUUCUGUGUGUCAAAAAAACAAAAAAAAUCAGCUACAGCUACUGAAACAGAGGUACCUGAUAUAUUUUUUUUUGUUUUUUUUAGUUAUUUCAAUGCAUUUAAUGUGAUUAUUUUAAGUGGGGUUUUUUAUUUUUUUUUAUUUUUGAGUACAAAAAAUGAAUCUUUUUUGAUCAGUGGUGCCUUUGGUUCUUGUUUAUACAAGUUUCUUUUCUUUUUUCCCUUUGUUUUGUUUUUUUUGGGUUGCAUUUGCAUGCAUUUUCUUAUAAAAUGAAGUAAAUGAAAAGAAAAAAACCAGCUCACAUUACUGAAAUAGCGGAACCAUGCAUUUAAUGUGAUUAUUUUAUGUGGGGUUUGUUUAUUUUUUGGUUUUAGUGUAAAAAAUGGAUUUUUUUUUGUUUGUAUUAGUGAAAUGGAAGUAUGAUCAGAGAUGCAUUUGGUUCUUGUUUAUACAAAGGCUCUGUUUUUUACCUUUUCCUUUGUGUUUUUAUGCAUGCAUUUUCUUAUACUUCUUGAAUCAUUUGUUUUGUCCACAUUAAUCUUUUAGUACUAGCUUUUUGUUACACUAUUGAUUGCAUAGACAAGUUUGUUUUAUUUUAUAUAUGUUCAUGUUGCUGAAGUUUUAGUUGAUAUUUCCUAGGGAUGACCUUUGGUUAUCAACAGACUGCUUUAUCAUGACUUUUUCGAUUUCAGUAGUUUCAUUUUCAUUUUGCUUUGAACUGCUUGUGCUUUUAUCUGACCUUUUCUCGUCAUGUUUUCUUUUGAGCUGAGGGUCUUUCAGAAACAACCUCCCUAUCUUACCGAGAUAGGGGUAAGGUCUGCGUACACUUUACCCUCCCCAGACCCCACAUUGUGGGAUUUCACUGGGUAUGUUGUUGUUGUUGUUGACCUUUGGUUAUCAAAUUUAAAAUUAAAAAGAAAUGGCCUAUAUAUAUACUGAGAGACUCUGGUGGGGUGUUUAGUCAAAUUUUUGUUCCAUAAUUUACGGAUUAGAUGAUUCUAUUUAGUUGGUAAUGCAUUUUCUUAAUGGUUAUUUUGAAAUCUAUGGAGCUUCUAAUUCAGUAACAUUUGUAGUGGCUAAAUCAAUUAUAGUCGAACCUCUCUAUAACAGUCAUCCUCUAUGACAACAUUUCAUUAUAACGGCCAACUUUUCUUUGGAGCCUAUUUUUCAUAUUAUGAUAUAUUAUACUAUGUUCUCUAUAACAACCAAAAGGUUUUCGGACAAACGAUGCCGUUAUAGAGAGGUCUAACUGUAUUAUGUUCUUUUCUUAAUUUUUAUGACCCCGUACCUCUGGAAUACAAGGUAAAUGUAUAUGCCUAAAGGAUGCUAUUCACUUAGUAUUUCCAUUAAGUAUUCCCAAAUGGAUAAAGUACACUAGUUGUUACUGACAAUUACUUCUUCAUAUACCUAUCAUUGGUUCUUUUUGCACCACUACAAAUACACAUCACUCCUUCGGGUUUGGGCCCUUCCCUGGACCCUGCGUAAACGCGUGAUGUUUCGUGCACUAGGCUGCCUUAUUUUAUGGUAGACUAUAGCUGUCAGGGCGAGUACCUAUGCUUAUCUCAAUUUGACAUUCAAAGCUACUUUUUUUAUGCUGAGGCUGAAUUUUUUCUUGUUCUGGUAUAUAUUCUCAAGAAUGUGUUAGGUAAACUUGGACAGACGGGUUAAUUGCAAACUGCUAUGGAUUCGUUAGAGAACAACUGGAAGACACCGAAUGGGAAUGCAAAGAUCUUUCAACACGAGCCUGAACAGGUUGUAGGCGGUGCAUCGGUUUAUUUUGCAUCAGAGGAGGAAGCAAUAGGAGUGGAAUAUUUAUUAGCAGAACCUGAGUAUGAUGAUAUAAUUGAUACUCUUCUAGGUUUUAACACAUGUACAUUCAGUGUUCCAGAGAGCUACUUUAAGGAGUUUUCAGCUCUGGAGUCUGUCUUAAUAAAAAGCGAUCGCGAUGCAGUUCAAAGAGAUCUUAAUGAAGAUGAUAAAACAAGGGAGAAGUUUCUUGAUGGAUUGUCGAAUGGAUAUGAUGAAAAUCAUUUCUCCAUUUCAUGUGAAGAUUACCUUUUGGAUGUUGAACUCGAGGAAGAGACUCCCACCCUCCAUGAUGUCACAAGAGAUACUUCCUGUAUAGGGAAUGUGAAUUCGGAGAACCGGCUUUUGGAUUCAGAUGGAAGAAAUUGUGGCAUUCAUGUGUUGUCUGAUGCAAGUACCUCAUCUGAUCAUGAUGCUAUGCUAUUAGACAAAUUUGAUGGCAUGUCAACUGAUAAACUACUCGAGGUGUUCGGGAAGAUGUUUGGACAUCAAACUGAAAAGUUAUUAGAUAUUGAACUUGAGGAAGAGACAUCCAUCCUCCAUGAUGUCACAAGAUCCUGUAUAGGGGACGUGAAUUUGGAGAACCAUCUUGCUAAUUCAGACAGAAGAAAUUGUGGCUUUCAUGUGUUGAAGUUGUCUGAUGCAAGUACCUCAUCUGAUCAUGAUGCUAUUCUAUUAGACAAAUUUGAUGACAUGUCGACUGAUAAACUACUUGAGGUGUUCAGGAAGAUGUUUGGACAUCAAACUUCAGUCGCAGAUAAGCAGGAACCUGUGGAAGAGAGUCCUGCCCUCCAUGAUGUCACAAGAGAUAUAUCCUGUAUAGGGAAUGUGAAUUUGGAGAACCAGCUAGCUGAUUUAGACGGAAGAAAUUGCGGCAUUCAUGUGUUAAAGUUGUCUGAUGCAAGUACCUCAUCUGAUCAUGAUUCUGUGCUAGUAGACAAACUUGAUGACAUGUCAACUAAUAAACUACUCGAGGUAUUCCCGAAGAUGUUUGGACGUCAAACUUCAGAGAUGUUUGGACGUCAAACUUCAGUUGCGGAUAAGCAAUGGCUGCAACCCCAUAGAACAUUUGGCUUGCAAAACCACGAGAUGUCAGACAAGAAUUUCAGUUUUCCAAAAUUCUCUCUUGAUUCGAGUGAAGAUCUCCUUACAGCAUCUACGGCCUUUGCUAGUAUAUUCAAUUUCAGAAGAAAGCCAAGGGUUCAACACGUGAAAAGGAGAGAACAUAUCCAAUGGAAUUCCUUCAAAUGGGAUAGCAAGGAGCCAGCUGAAGAAAAUGUAAAAUGUGAUGGAACGAAAUCAGGAAUAUCUGAACAGUAUCUGAAAUGUAAACCUUCACGAGGAGGAUUUGGUCGGCGAUACUACCACAGAGGAGUCAAAGUAUCAUCACAAGGUCUUGGUAAAAGAAAUUCUCAAGUUGGAUGCGUCCUAAUUCCACCUGGUUUGCCAAUUGAGGACCGGCCUUUGGCACAAGGUUCUUCUGGCACUCUUUCUGACCAGUCAAGUGAUAGUACAUCUGAAGAUGAUUGGACUAUAUGGACCGAUACCCGAGGCACUAACCAAUACAGAAAACACAAGUAUUGGUCAACACCUGAGGUCGUAAAGUUGGUGGAGGGUGUUUCCAAGUAUGGAGUUGGUAGAUGGAGUGAUAUAAGGAGGAUGUUUUUCCAAUCAUCUGUGCAUCGAAGUCCAGCUGAUUUGAAGGACAAAUGGCGGAAUCUUCUGAGGAAAAGCAGCCGACGAUUGCAGAGCCAGAGAGGGGUUGAUGCAAACAAGAAGCACGGUGUGCGCUCAAUUCCUCACGAUGUGUUAAACCGUGUUCGGGAGCUUGCUGUCAUCUAUCCAUAUUCGAGGCAACGUAGAUCAAGAAUCUCUCCAACUGCAUCCGUUGCCUCUUCUUCGAAUGUGGAGUCUGAUACUACUGCUUCUCUAUGAGUGAGCAAAACCCAACAUUUUUGUCCUGUAACCCAAGUGAAUUCUACCAGGAAACCGGUUUCCACUAGUUUGGAUGCACGGAUUGAAUCUCACAUAUUAGAUACUAAAGGUACUUAGAAGGAUCAUACCUGUGAAAAAAAGAUAGAUACCUUUGACAGCAAAAAUCUUAGUAGUAUAUAUGUUUUGCAAGCAGUAACUAAUUCUAAACUUGUACAAGUUCAAACUAGAGAUGCAAAUUUCUAACAGAUUGUAACUACUUCUAUUCUAGUUAAAAUCAUUUUUGUUAGAGAAUACUUAUUGGUCACAAUAUGUGCAAGACUGAAGAAAGUGGUUUCAGUUGUUAUCUUUGUUGAUUCAU